CUCUCUCCCUCUCUCUUUCUGUGAGUCUAUCUUACUUUCUCGUAUACGUUGAAAUGUCCGCGUACUCCUAAGAUUGAGUGUCCGCGCGCGGUUAUCGACAUCGACCUCGACGACGAGGACGAGGACGUUUGCUCCGCUGUAAGAAGAAACCUGCAGAAGUGACUGGUGGCGGCAACGGCCAAUAAUGCGCAUACCGGACGCGUGGAAACGGCAACGCGAGCGACGAUAGCUUUAGAUCUCAAAGAUUGCUGUAAAUCAGGCUGCAAAGUCCUGCAGGCAGCAUGAACAAUCCUUAUCGAGCUAGACCUGCCAGAUCUCGGGUGGAUCAUUCAGCUACGUAUGGUAUGCACAACCAAAAUAUGUGGAUGCCUAUGUCUAGGCCUCAAUCGAAUGUCCCGCCGAAUGAUACCACCCAGCAGUCUCUUGUGAACCAGUCAAAACAUGCGAACGAUACAUGGAAGGAUCCCUGGGACUGGAAUCUGGACCAACAGUCGGAUACCCAACAGCAGCAAUCAUCACCGCAGCAACCACCAUCGCAGCAACAGCAACAGCAUUACAUACCCUCGUAUCAGAAUCAAGGACAGCUGAUAUCUGGUUCUGUGCAAAACCAUUAUUACAAAAAUCUCAAUGGUAAUACAUCCGAUGUACUUAACCAGAACUCCGUGUCAGACAGAAACACUCCCAGGUCGGAGCCUGCUCGUCAGACUGGGUCAAAUUAUACGGAUUCUUUCCCGCCCUACGCGAACUAUAAUCAAAAUCAGCAGUAUCCAUUACCGCCUCGACAGAACAACGCGAAAUCCAGUUAUGAGCAUGCUCAAUGGCCGAACGAGCAUCAGUCGUCGAAUGCAGCUUAUACUCAGCAAAGACUCGUGCCACAACAGAGCCAGAAGGAACAAUCACCAUUACAUCCACCAUCGACACACCCACCAUCAACACAUCCACCACCGACGCAUAACAGUUAUAACUGGAGCAAAGGCGACACAACAAACUUACCAUUGCAACGUAAUUGGCAGAAUCAUACCGAUACUCUAGAUCAGUGGCAGGAUCAAAACAUGUCGCAGGAAAUGCAACAGCCAACAGUCGACAAUAUGGGUAAUCAGUGUGCGCAAUCAUCACAAAUAUACAAUGCGCCUAUCGAGGGGGUCAAUAAGGAACAUUCCAUGAACUGGUCUACCAAUGAGCAACAGAGUAACGAAGCGGGUAAUGUAUCGAAUCAGUGGCAUAAUCAAAAUCGCGAGCCCCAACAUCAAUCCGCGCAUUUAUUACAAACAAAUAACGUAGAUGACACAUUUGCUUCUUGGCCACAGUCGGGCAACAUCAGUGCCUCGCACGAUUGGAGACAUUCUAACGUGCAAAACGAAUCUGUACAUUCUACGCAAUGGUUACAGCCAACGAGUGCGGAUAACAGUUCGUUAGCGCAGAACGUAUCACAGAAUAAUAACAGCGUUAGGUUUGCUACAAACGAAUGGCAACAAGUGCACAUGGCGCCAUUCCACUAUGUUCCAGCAUCUACAACUGUACCUACAAGCGUAGAAAAUAUUGUACAUACACCUAAUAAUAAUGAACAAGAGAACGAGAAGCAAGCAGCAGUAGUAGCUUCUAUCGCAACUACUGUGUCACCUCACGAUUCAAUCAGUCAUGCAAAAUCGAGCGAUAUUAAGUCACCGAUUGGAGAUCACCAUAAUUUAAACGUACUGACUGAUGAUGCACCGAAAAAUGAUCUUUCUAAAACCGUUCUUAGCGAAAAAGAUGACCGCUCUUUUGAUUCUACAGCGGCAGAGGAAUUAACCAGCAGUUUUGGUCACCUUAAUCUUAGUGGCAAGUCGGGAAAACACGUGGAUCUUUUGAGUGAAUCGUUAGAGGUACAUUCGAGCCCCGUUCUCCAAGAAGGGAGAGCUCAACAUCCUGGUAAUUUUAACGUUGCGAGUAUCCGAGGCAAUUCUAUUCCCGAUAAUAUGCCCGUGCUACCUUCGGAUUACACGUCAAGCGGUAUAGAGAAUUCUCAUUCUAUCGAUAGCCAACCAAUUGUCGGUCAAGAUCCUCUAAUAUCGAAUACAUAUCAAAGUGGUGCUACUAAAAUAGUAGAUAGUACCUCGCAAAGCAGUUAUGAUCAAUGGUACAAUCAAAAUACGUUAGAGAAUGCAUGGUAUGCGAAGGAUCACUCACGUCCACCUCCCAAACAGUGGAACACUCCUGAGCAGAAUGUAGAAAACUACGAGAAUAUUCAACAAUCAUCCGACUUCAUAAAUGUCGAGGUUGUUGCACCUGCAACGUUGAAGGAGCGCGAUAUCUAUGGUUCGCGAGAUUCUAUAAACAAGGAGACGUUGGACAACGAUCCCAAGCCGAGCACGAGUCCCAAAGAAGUCCCAACGAAUAUUCGAGAUUUCAGGGAGGAGGUGAACAACGUCGAAGUGCCAUCGGUGCAGCAACAGCAGCAGCAAACUCGAUCUCAUCCACCUUUGACGGAACAAAUGCCGGAUAACUACGAAUUCGCUUCGAAUGAUAGAAAUACGUUUUUAGAGACUGGCGAGUUGACGGACUCACAUCAGGAACACGAACCAACGCCACCGAGUCAGGAUGAUGAGAAUGAUGAAGUGCCUAACGAUAUUCCCUUCCUGCGCGAAGUACCGGGACAAUCGAGUACUAUAGAUCCACGCAGGAACGAUCCUACAGGUCAGGAACAAAGUAUACAAGUUAGAAAUAUACCUGAUCGAGCGGAGCGUCGUGACGUCCUUCCGGGACAAGAGAGAAAUGUUCCUUUGUUAUUACGAGGUGAUACGGACACGCUAGAACGACGGAAUGAUCCUUCGGGUAGAGAACGUUCUCUUCCGCCGCAACAGCCCCUUCCAUCGCGAAAUGAUCCAUCAGGUGAAGAGAGAUAUCAGCUGCAGUCGCAGGUAAUGAUGGAGCCGAGUGAGACUCGUGAAGUGCUCGGCAGAGGCAACGAGCCCGACGAAGUUGCGCAGCAAACAGACGCGGAACGUAGACAGAUACCAGGCGGAGCAUCUUCCAACGACGUCACGCAGUUGUCGGACGACAGGACAACAGGUGGUAGAGUUGUUACUGGCUCUCCUCCGGAGGUUCCUCCACCGAUGUCCGCGAUGCAAGAUCAGGCGAGUGAAUCGCGAAAUAAACGCGAGGAAGCGGUAGGUGCAUCUUUGGAGAGCGAGAGCCAGGGCAUCUCCAGCUCCUCGAAUCGACGGGAUUCCUAUGAAGUCGAAGAAGAUGAGGGAUCUCGCAACAGUCGGGACGAAAGUAGGGAGAGACGACGAGAAACAAGUCCUGAUCGCCGACGAUACGAAUAUGACCGAAAGAACGCGUACUACGAUCGUGAUCGCGAAUACGAGGACGAUUAUUAUUACGAACGUCGACGCGCGGGCGACAAUGAUCGUCAGUAUAGUGCCCGCGACGACUUCGAACGACGGGAUGUUGCGUAUCGGGAAGACGAACGUAAACAUCACAGUCGCGACGACUUGGAUCGACAUGGUAGAGACGAUAUGGAUAGAAGAAUCAGGGGAAAAGAGGAUCUAGAUGAAAGGGACAGUAGGAGAAGACCAGAUGAUCGUAGAAGAGGCGAUGAUCCACGUCGUCGAGACAGAGAUCCAAGAGAUUAUGAUGCACGAUAUUCUAGAGAUCCUAGGGAUAGAGAAUAUAUGGAUCGUGAAAGGAGAAGGGACGAUAGACGAUCACGAAGAUACGAAGAUUACGAUAUUAGAGAUCCGUAUAGAAGGGACUAUUACGAUGAUCCUUAUGGAAGAAGUUCUAGGCCUUCAAGUAGAUCUUCUUACAAUGAUAGAGACCGUGAAUACUACAUGCGUGCGAGAGACCCUUAUUAUGCAUACAAUGGAUACAGUGGAUAUGAUUAUAGUGCUCAUUAUGGUAACAAUUAUUACGCAUAUCUUGAAAACCUGCGUCGAACGAAUCCUGCUGCCUAUUCCGAGUGGUACCACAAAUAUUAUGCAAACCAGCAUCAACAACAGCAUAUUGCCAGAGGAGUCAGUAAUUAUCCGGAGGAUAGAGCCAGUGUUCAUUCUGGCCGUAGCUCCUGCGACGACAGAACUACUGGUGAUAAACGAACAUUGGGUGAUAUGUCCUUAGAAGAUACAAUAAUUACUUCUGCUCGAUUGACGCCGACUAAAUAUUCCACGUCUCAUGCAUACGGUUGCUUUUCCAUUGGAUCUUUGAUACAUGUUCAUCCAAGUUACCCAACUGAUGGCGAAAGAGCUAAAGUGGAUAUUUUUCGCGUAGAUAGCUUACUCUCGCAUGAUCCUGUUGCACGCGAUUUACGAUUAUAUCCAGGACCUCUAAUUAAUGGUGUAACGCAUAAAAAGACUAUUAUAGAAUAUUGCGAAAAUAAAAUUAAAAAGGCAAUGAUGAAUGAAGAAUUGAUUGAUCGUGCUUCAUACAUCUUGCUAUACGAACUGAUGAUUAUGUUAAUUCAACAAAAUGGAAAUGUUGUUGGCGUCGAUAUUGCUGGACUCUUAUUGCGUAAUAAGGAUACUUAUCCUUACGACGCGAAUAAGUUCAGAUCUCAGGAUGUAGGACGCAGAGAAUCGCAAAUAUCGCAACGUUCUGGAGCAACGGGCAGCGACGGAAGUACCCAGGAUAUUUCAGCGUUAUCCGAGAAAACUGAAACCAAGCAACGAAAAACCGUAGAACAAAUAACAGAUGAAUUCAGAGAUACGUUACUCUAUGGACGGGUUCAAGAAGCAUUAGAAUACGCGAUGAACGAAGGACUUUGGGGCCAUGCUCUCUUCCUGGCUAGUAAACUGGAUAAACGCACGCAUGCUUCUAUAAUGACUCGUUUUGCAAACAGUCUGCCAUCACACGAUCCACUGCAGACCUUGUAUCAACUGCAUUCUGGUCGUAUACCUGCUAUAGUUACGUGCGUCGCGGAUCCGCGCUGGGACGAUUGGCGGCCUCAUCUAGCUAUGAUUAUAUCUAAUACCUCGACCAAUCCAGAAGUUAAUCGCCGAUCAAUAACGACUCUCGGGGAUACAUUAUUCGCGAGGGGCGACAUCCAUGCCGCACAUUUUUGUUACAUACUCGCACAAAUUGAUUUCGGCGUUUACGGAACUAAUGGAGUUAAACUCGUGUUGAUCGGCGCUAAUCACAACAAGUCUUAUUCUGAAUUCUUUACCAUGGAAGCUGUCAUGUUAACAGAAAUUUAUGAGUACGCUCGGAACCUUAAUGAUCCGCAUUUCACAUUAGUAGACCUUCAAACAUUCAAAUUUGAUCUAACUGUGAAGAUGGUGGAUUGUGGAUUAAUAGAAAAAGCUUUAUUGUAUAUCGAACAGAUUGCAAUAAAUAUCGCGAACGAUCCAUUGAAAUACAAGAAAUCCUUCAUCGAAGCGGUUUAUGUAUUAGGCGACCGAAUCAAGUAUCACGAUCCAGUCUAUAAGGAUGCUAUCGAAGAUGCUGCGAAUGUUACGUGGCUUAAUAGAUUAGCGGAGAUAGUUGGAAAAUAUCAGGAUGAACAGGCUGUCGAAGAUAAAACAUACGGUUCUCGUACUAUGAUAGAAAAUCAGGAAAUUCAUGAAGUAAAACAUCAACAACAGCAACCAUCGCAACUACCACCACUAUCAUCACAACAACAAUGGAACACUGUCCAAUCCGAUUAUAAUGACGGGCCUACGUCGAUGAUGGAAGUUAACACGAGUGAAAUGCAAUCAGAUUGGCAACCAUUAUCUUUGCCCACGAACAUUCAAGAUACAUAUGAUCCGAAUGCGCAAUAUAUGAGAAACGUAGACGAACCUGUUCAAUAUCAGCAGUCGCAACAACAGGAUUAUUGGAGCCAGCAAUCAUAUUAUCAAAAUAAUUAUGGAAGAAACGAAUCUAUACAGUCUAAUUGGCAGCAACAGUCUGCACCAGGCUUAACUGAUCAGACUGAAGUAACUAACUCGCAACAACAAGACAAAUGGAACUAUGAGACGGAAAGGGAAGACAAAACACCCACACCUGAACCUGUGCAGCCAACAAUCUCUAUGACACCGUCAACGGGUAAACAGUAUGAUCCAUUGGAAGAAUUAGAUGCGCUUGAGACACCACGACAGACUGCUAAAUCUGCGGUGGAUACGAAGAAAAUAACCGAAAAAACGGCUGAAAAGAAACCUUCCAACAGUGGUGGCUCCUGGUUCGGUGGUUUGUUCAGUAAACUCGCGCCCAAGCCGAAAAACCAAAUGAUAUUGCCGGACGAUAGCAACCCAACGAUUGUAUGGGAUCCAGUUGCUAAAAAGUGGAUGAACAAGGAUGAGGAUGGCGACAGCGGUACCACGACAUUGGCCCCACCGCCGAAAACAGACAUGAGUUUCCGAGCGCCGGCAGUGGAGCGCGUUCCACAACCGUCUUUACCGAGUGCACACAACGAGGAUACAUCAGCGGCGGAUAUUUCGAAAUUGCCUACUGGUAGUAAUAUGUAUAAACUGCAAAGGGGUAGGAGUAUGCGUGCCAACUACGUAGAUAUAAUGAAUCCCGGUGGAAAAUCUAAAGGUAGCGCGGCGUCGUCUAAUGUGGCCACCCCCAUGACGUCUCCACUCGUACCUAUAGCUACCUCAUCCCCGCAGGUGUUGGUACCCGCGCCAAUUAAUGAUCCAACCGCUCCUGUGGAUUUCUUGACUCCUGCAGCAACACCGCCGUCUGGAAAUAUCGCGGAAAAUACCCCACUCUCUCGCUGGAGCUCGACCAGCUCGUUAUCACGAGAGGUGCAGAGCUACACAAUGAGGGAUCCGCGGCUCCUUCAACGGAACAAGGGACCAAUGAUGUUCAACCCGAGUGACAUGAAGGAUCGUUCGGUGAAGAACAUGCCACCUAGCAGAUAUCAUCCACGAUAAUUUUUUGCAAUCGCUCAUGAGAAUAAUUUGUUAUUUAAAUUAGGAAGUUUCUUAUAUAAUUGCAGUUGUAUUUAAUGUGAAUAUCUGUUCUUGUACAAAAAAAACGUAACAACAAUAGUAUAUUUUUAGAGUGAUGCACGGUGCAUACAGUCUCUUUCGAAAGAAUGUGUAUGACGUAAGAAUCCAGAAGAUAUACGUCUUUUUAUACGCACUUCACAUAUUCGAAUUGUCUAGAUUAAUUUUUACAUUUGAAAUUCUGUUCGAGUUUGUUAUAUUUAUCAUAUCGAAUUAAAUAUUACGUUAAAAUUUAUUUAGAAGGAGAUUCCCACGCGGAAUAUAGGAAAUAUAGAAGACAAUUUAGCAAUUGCAAUGGUGGCGUAGAUAAAUUGUACCCGAGCACGUAUAAUGAUUUGUAAACUAAGUUUUCAUUGUACACUUUUCAAUUUGAAAGAAUAUGCUCCUUUCAGAUUAAUUCUCACGGAAUGUUAUUUCGUGUACAGUGUAAUGAAUUUAUUUGAAAGUUACGCACCGAUUUCUGUUUUUAUUAAAUACGUAUUUCCAUCAGAUGGUUACUUAUGUAUUUGCUAAUAGUUAAUCAUCGUUUUGGAAGUGUGCGAGUGCAUUCCCGUUACUACGUUCGUUUAGCUUGUAAGUAAAUUGUCACCGGUACCGAAUUCGAUGUUACGCGAAGAUUCAAGUUCUGCGAACUCGAAUUAUGUGAGUGAGAUGUAAAGUUAAUAUUUUUACGUGCAACCUGUAAUCGGAGAUCUAUCUAAGUUAAAAUUAUAUAAAUAAUCUCUCGCUUCGAAGUGUCUUGUAAAUGUGUGACGAUAGAGAGAGGAUUGUACGCUGAUUAUAUAGUUUAACUAUAUCGCAGAACUUGUUACAACACGGCCUCAGUAUGUGCUGUAAUUCUAAGUCUGAUUUUAUAUGUACGGAGGAGAAGAGAGUAUUGUGGUGCCGAUAAAUACAAGAUGUUAGGGAUAUGAGAAUUUUAUCGAGGGUAAGGGGGAAAAUAACGCAUUAAGUGUAUGAUAGGAAUACCGUUGUUAGACGUCGGGCUUAUAAUAUUACGAGAUAACAUUGAUACACCAAUAAAUACGCAACUGCCAUCAACGUACGGAUAGUGUGAGAUGAGUAACGAGUUUGUAUCGCGUUUCCACUGGUUCAAUCGCAUUAGAUUUGUAAAAUAAUGUUGGUGUCUAUCUCCGCGAAGAAUUUGAUAGUUGCAAGUAUUGAUAAGGACAGUAAAGGAUCCUAGCAAAGAAUAGGCAGACGGUUUUGGUGUACGUUGAAAUGUCUCUAUCGGAAAAUAAAUGUCCUGGAAGAUAUAUAUUUUUCGGUGAAGAGUGAGUACCUUUGCAAGUAAAGGCUUUUUACUGGCUCAAUCUAUCGUCGCCUUGCGCUUCGUCCUAUAUAGAUACUGUUGAUCGUUCAAUUUUAGAAUCUUUCGUUGAAAAUAUUAUAAAUUAUGACGGUUCGUCUCGAUUUUUCUCGCUGAUAAAUGUCCCGUAAUAUUGUCAAGUAAGAUUGAGAAACUCUUCAUAGAGUAUUUCGGAACGGUAGCAAAUUUCUGACGCAUAGAUAUCCAUUGACCACAAAUAGAAGGGAUUGGUUCUAGGGAUAAUUUUUGUAAAUUGUGACACUCGUAAUACAUUUUAUAUCUGUGACAUACGAAUUAGGUAUAUCUUAGAUGCAUAUAUUAUAAUAUAUUAUGAUAUUAUAAUAUAUAUGUUACAAUACACAUGUUGAUACUGUUGCAGAGAUGCCGCGUGUAAGUUUUAUAUAUAUAUAUAUGUAUACGUGAACUCUAGAUUUGUACAUAUUCUAAAUGUAGCUUUCGUAAACUUGUCCUAUCGCAAUUGUUUAUAUAUAGAGAAUUCGCGCUUGUUUUUUAAAUACCGAGACAUAGAAAUGGAUCCCGUGUUAUACCUUCGCCGAAAUGUAACCAGAGGUUCUAUUUGUGGUGAAUGGCAGCUUAUUGCGACCAACAUCACCGUUAGUCAUACAGUUGAUCGACGAUAAACUUUCGUUGAGAAAUCUAUGCAAUCGUUACAGCUGAAAUAUGCAUGUUUCUAAUCCUUACACACGAUCGAGCUUUAAGUUGAGAAUUCGAGUGGCGAUGCAGAAUGUGCAAUUAAACUAUUGUCUCUUUUUCUUAUUAUUUACCAUCGUUUGCUCGCAAAAA